AUGCGUACUUGUUACUACGAACUUCUUGGGGUGCAAACCAAUGCAACCGAAGAUGAAAUUAAAAAAGCUUAUCGUAGAAGAGCAUUGGAAUGGCAUCCAGAUAAAAACCAUCAUAGGAUUGAAGAAGCAACCGGACAAUUUUCUCUUCUUCAAGAAGCUUAUGAAGUUUUAUCUGAUCCUAACGAAAGAACUUGGUAUGAUGGUCAUCGUGAUGCCAUUUUAAGAGAGGGCGACGAUUAUGAGGAUGAUAGCUCUGAUAAUGAAUAUGCAUCAGGAAGCAGAUAUACAAAUAUAGUACGAGGAACAAGAAUAGAAGAUUUAAUGAAAUAUUUUAGUGCUAGUUGUUAUAAAGGAUUUGAUGAUAGUUCAAAGGGUUUCUAUACUGUGUACAGAGAACUCUUUCAAAAAUUAGCUGAAGAAGAAAAACAAGCAUUCUUAUACGAUCGCGGAGAAAAUUCAGAUGAAUCUUAUACAUAUCCACCUUUUGGAACUAGCAUGACAUCGCAUAAUAUGAAUGCCUCAAGUUGUGAAAACCCAAUUAAACUUUUUUAUAGUAUAUGGUUAAAUUUUUCAACACAUAAAAGUUUUAAAUGGUGUGACAAAUAUCGUUUAUCAGAGGCAACAGAACGUCGAAUUAAACGACAGAUGGAAAUUGACAAUAAGAAAGCUAGAGAAACUGGUCGUAAAGAAUACAAUGACACUGUACGGUUAUUGGUGAUGUUUGUGCAAAAAAGAGAUCCACGAUAUAAGGUGUAUAAGGAAGCUUCGGAAAAGGAAAAAGAAACUUUGGCAGCCGAUAUGAAAAAGCGUGCAGCAAAAGAUCGUGCAAACUAUAUUGCAAAAUUGCAAGAUUAUAAAAAUGAAGGAUCAUGGAAGGAUCAUGAAAAGAGCAACAAACAUUUAAAAAACAUUGAAUUACUGAAAGCAGAAAUGUAUGAAGAGGAAGAAUUAAUUGACGCGAAUUCAAAUCAUGAAGAAGAUGUAAUUGAUCAUAUCUCGGGCGAUGAUAAUGCCAAUGUCAACGUGGAGUCAAAACUACAAAACAUUGAAAUUUCUUCAAAAAAUAAUAUAGAAUCAAAUAACAAAUCUAAAAAAGAUGAUGAAAUAGAUUCAGAUAUUUCAGAGUUGUUAGAUAAAACCAAAAUUUCCUCUCGUGGUUUUGAAUCUGAUGAUGAUUCUAAUACAGCAAUUCCAUAUUUCUUAAAUGAUGUUAAAAAACUCAACCAGGACGCUGGACAUGGAUUAGCUCAACAAGCUGAAGGAAAGAAAGGCCGCAAAUGA